AUGUUGCAUCUGCUGUCAAGCGCCGACGCUCAAGAGCUGUCGAUCCGCAAUUCGAGAAAGGAGGUAUCAAGAGAAUUUGAACAAGACCCUACCAAAUUAAAAAAAACUGAUGGCGUUAGACAAUCUGUCUCCGAAUUCCCUUUCACUGGAAGUAUAAAAGUAACGAUUAAGGACAAGCCGAUUAUAGAAUCAAAAGAGUACCAGAUGCAUCUCCUAAGCUGGGCCUUCCGCGCUUUUCUCUUCCACAUCCAGCGAACGAAACGUCUGUACGAAAUAAAACUGAGAACACAAGAGCGUUUCAUCAAUACAGAUUUGCAGAGAUACUUCGGGAUGUGGAGAUCAAGGGUUGACGAGAUGAAGAAAGCAAAGGUGACGAGAAAAAGCGAAUGUGAAAUUUCCGACGACCAAAAAAUCCAACUGUUCGUGAACGCAAUAGUUGAGAAGCAGAAGAGCGACAAGAGUUCGCGCGAAGUUCAUUCCACAGACUCUUCAUCGAAAAAAAUUCCAACUCUUGACAGUGAUCGACUGGCUAAAUCGCCAAAUAUCGCUGACUCCUCUCUCCAGAAGCGGCUGUCUCUCCAGAGGAAAAUAAUCACCGAGCAAAGGAUGAAGUUGGUCCGACAAAAUCAAAUAAUCGAGGCCAUGAAAUUGAAGAGAAUCGCCGAGGAAUCACAACACGCGAAGAGGGAGACGUUGACCACCGCGAAACAGGUGCUCAACAAAUGUAGACAGGAGACUAGAAAUAAUUUGAUACAACUCAUGAAAUUGGAAUCGAGCAGAGGGAAUGACCUCGACCCCCCGAAAUUUCCGCCUCAACCCCCCGAUUUUUUAUCCCGAAUGGAGGCGAGAGCGGAGAGAAGGAGAGAGCGAAUAAGGGAAGCUAGGGAAAAGCAGCGGGAAAAAUUGGAGCUUCAGAAGGAGCGGGAGGAAACUACGAGGAGAGAAGAGGAAGAGCGGCAGAAGCAGUUGCGACUGGAGGCGCAACGCAGGGCGAGGCGAGCGCUCCAAGAGCAGCGGAGGAAGAAAAUAAUUGAAGCAGAGAAAUUAAAAACCGUUAACGAACUAGUGGCCAGAUUUUACGGAAGAUAUCUCCUGAGGAACUACAUCUUGUCGCCUUUCGUUCGCUUGAUCGAGGAGGGGAAACAUCAUCUGGAAAUCGCGGAUGAUCAUUACAGCAUGACUUUAUCAAACAAGACGUUUACUAUUUGGAAGAAAUACACGAGGGAAGCGACUGAUUUGAAGCUAGAGCGGUGCACAGAGAUUUGCAAUACGAAUAUUCUCGUGAGAUUCUUCUGCGAAUGGAUGUCACUGGCGAAGGAGAACAUCAAGAAGUAUAAAAGUGCUUGGAAUUUUUACACUUCACGACUGCGAGGGAAAUACUUGAGGGCUUGGUACGCUGAGGUACUGGAAAUGCGACUGAGAACCCUGGAAACUCUGCAGUUCGCAAUGAAUCAUUACGAUGAAAAGAUAAAGCUGAAGUACCUCCGAAUAUGGCAGACGUACACCAAAAUAUCCGACGACGUGAACGAAAGUGAUAGACAGAAAGAGAAGUGGAGGGCAUUGGUGCAGCAUGUCGUUCCGAAUUUUUGUCCGAAAUACAGGGGAGUUAUCAGGGAUGACUAA